GAAAAGAGCCUUGAAGUCGUAGAAGAACUCAGCAGCUCCCAUUUCAACGUGAAAUAAUGACUAAACACAGCUGGCAAGUGUGGGCCAUCUACAUGCUCUUAGCUGCAAACCUCUCUGAACAGCAAGCGCUGAAGCAGGCUUGUCCUUCAUGCAGUGAUGCUCAGCUUUGCAACUGCUCUUCCGUGGGCUUGGACUUCAUUCCCCCAGGGCUCACUGCCAAAAUCACAAUGUUAAACCUGGCCCACAACAGGAUAAAGGACAUCCGAUCCCAGGACCUGCAGCAGGCUGUGAACCUGAGAGCCCUGCUGCUGCAAGCCAACAAAAUCAGCUCCAUAGAUGAAGACUCGUUUCAGUCCCUGGCAAAACUGGAGCUCUUGGACUUAUCAAAUAACAGCUUGGCUCACUUGUCCCCUGUGUGGUUUGGGCACCUUUUCUCACUCCAGCACCUCCACCUUCAAGGCAAUUUCUACAGAGACCUGGGAGAAAGCUCUCCCUUUUCUGGUCUGAGGAACCUGAGCUCUCUCCGCCUGGGCAACCCACGGUUCUCUGUGAUAAGGCAAGGGAACUUUGAGGGCAUUGAGCUUCUCAACAAGUUGUGGAUUGAUGGUGGUAAUCUCAGUCAGUAUGAGCAGGGAAGUUUGAAAUUGAUUAAGAAGAUAAAUCACAUGGUUGUAAACCUAAGAAAUAUUAAUAUAUUCUCAGAAAUUGUUAGGGACCUUCUGCAUUCUGUGACUUGGCUAGAAGUGAGAAGAAUAGCAUUCAGUACCUCUGCUGAAAUGCAACUAUUGAGAGUCAUGACUUCUUCUUUUGCAAAGAAAAUUUCUUUUAAACAGACCUUAUUAACAGAUGCUACUGUGCCUGAGAUAGUCAGCAUUUUAGAAGACAUGCCUAAAUUAGUGGAGGUGGAGCUAAUAGACUGCAGACUCUUGGGAACUGGACAAUGGGAAAUGCAGAUUCAAGCAAACCAAUCACAGACCAUUAGAGUUCUCACAAUACAGAAAUUAUCUAUAGAAGAAUUUUACUUGUUUACAGAUCUUCGGACUGUGCAAGAUCUACUGUUUCUUUUUACCAGAGUCACAGUUCGAAACACCAAAGUAUUUUUGGUCCCAUGCAGAAUUUCCCAACAUCUUCGGUCAUUAGAGUACCUUGACCUUAGUGCUAAUUUGCUUGGAGACCAGAGUUUAGAGCAUUCAGCCUGUCAGGGUGGUUGGCCAUUACUACAAACUCUAAAUUUAAGUCAGAAUUCACUGGGUGACUUAGAAAUGACAGGUAGAAGUUUGUCUCAUCUAAGAAACCUAAUUGUUUUAGACAUUAGCCAAAAUAAUUUUGGUGAGAUUCCAGAUGCAUGCGAAUGGCCAAAAACCCUGAAAUAUUUAAACCUCUCCAGCACACAAAUUCCUGAAGUAACGGCCUGCAUUCCCCCAACGCUGGAAGUUUUGGAUGUUAGUGCUAACAACCUGAAGGAGUUUGGACUGCAGCUCCCAUUUCUGAAAGAGCUGUACCUCACAAAAAACCAGCUGAAGACCCUGCCUGGUGCUGCACCCAUUCCAAACUUAGUGGUCAUGUCAGUCAGGAGAAACAAGCUCAACAGUUUCUCCAAGGAAGAGUUUGAGUCCUUCAAGAGAAUGGAGCUGCUGGAUGCCAGCGACAACAACUUCAUCUGCUCCUGUGAAUUCCUCUCCUUCAUCCACCACCAGGCUGGGAUAUCCCAGGUGCUGGUGGGGUGGCCAGACAAGUACGUCUGCGACUCUCCGCUGGCGGUGAGAGGGGCCCAGGUUGGAGCUGUACACCUGUCCCUGAUGGAGUGCCACAGGUCCCUCGUGGUGUCAUCGAUCUGCAUCCUGGUGUUCCUGGUCAUCCUCAUCCUUGUAGCUGUUGGCUACAAGUACCACGCGGUCUGGUACCUGAGGAUGACCUGGGCGUGGCUCCAAGCCAAGCGGAAGCCCAAGCAAGCCCCGCCAAAGGACAUCUGCUAUGACGCUUUUGUCUCCUACAGUGAGAACGACUCCGACUGGGUGGAAAACAUAAUGGUGCGGGAGCUGGAGCAGGCCUGCCCUCCCUUUCGCCUCUGCCUCCAUAAGCGGGACUUUGUGCCUGGGAAGUGGAUAGUGGACAACAUCAUUGACUCCAUUGAGAAGAGCCACAAAACGCUCUUUGUGCUGUCUGAGCACUUUGUGCAGAGCGAGUGGUGCAAAUACGAGCUGGACUUCUCACAUUUCCGCCUCUUUGAUGAGAACAACGAUGCGGUGAUUCUUGUCCUCCUGGAGCCCAUCCAGAGCAAAACCAUUCCCAAGAGGUUCUGCAAGCUGCGGAAGAUCAUGAACACAAAGACCUACCUGGAGUGGCCUCUUGAAGAAGAGCAGCAGCAGAUGUUUUGGUUUAAUUUGAAAAUAGCUCUAAAAUCCUAGACAGAUUGAAUAUAUUGUAAAUAUACUCCGGAAUUUCUUCCCUUGCCCUUUUGUCCCGUCAAUUAUCUGCAUCUCAAGAACAGAGAGCUGAGCUACUGCAAAUUCUAACACUUGCUGUGAGAUUAUUUUGUUUUUGUAGCCAUGGUUCUGAAUUGUUUUACUGGUUUGGGCUGG